AUGAAGAAGAAGAAGCCAGUGCUGUUUCUUGCGUUGGACGCGCUACUAGUCGCUGCUCUGCUUCUUCCCGGCCAGUGCCAGGGGUCUCAAGGAGCCAACCUCACGGUGACCGGCACCGUGUUCUGCGACGCCUGCUCCUCCAGCUCCUUCUCCAACCACAGCUACUUCCUGCCAGAUGUGAAGGUGAGAAUCGACUGCGCGAUCAGAGUGAGCUCGGCUUCCAAGGAGGAGAUCAAGAUCACGGCCGAGAAGACCACCGACAGCCACGGCGCCUACCGGCUCGACAUCCCGGCGGUCGCCGGCCUCGGGUGCACCACCGGCGGCGAGGCCGCGUCCUUCUGCCGGGCCGCCGUGCUGGACAACCCCUCGCCGCUCUGCGACGUGCCGGCCGUGACCACCACCGCCGGCCACAUCUCCUUCUCGGCCCAGGACCCCGACGCGUGCCUCUACAACCUCAACUCCCUCUACUACCGCCCCGGCAAGAAGGCGGGCCAGUGCGACGGCGCGGGGGCCUCGACGCCGGCGGCCGCGCUGAACACGUCGCUCUUCUACUGCCCGCACUGGCCGUGGCCGCCCAUCCCGUUCUGCACGCCCCGCCCCUGGUUCCCGCCCAUACCGUUCUUCACGCCGCCGCCGCCGGCGUUCCCCUUUCCUCUCCCGCCAUUCCCGUUCUUCACGCCACCGUCACCGCCACCGCCGGCUUUCCCUUUCCCUUUGCCGCCCUGGCCGUGGACGCCACCGGCGUCUCCACCGCCACCAUCGUUCCAGUUCCCUCAUCUGCCGCCGAUUUUCUCGGCACCAUCUUCGCCGCCGCCCCCGCCGCCGCCGCCUGCAUUCCCGUUCCCUUUGCCGCCGUUUCCACAGCUACCUCCUUUUCCGCAUUUUCCGCCUCUGCCAUCGUUGUAUUCGCCACCGCCUCCUCCGCCACCCCCUCCGCCGCCUUCCUUUCCUUGGCCUUUCCCGCCAUUGCCAUUCUUGCCUCCAACCGCAAGCCCUUCGGUCCCAUCUCCUCCACCUUCAAGGCAUUACCGGAAAGAUCCGAGCACCUGGUCCUCUUCCAAAACCCAACCAUAA